AUGUCGCAUAAUACUCAAAGCCAAUUGUCUUCACAAAUGAAAAACUUGGAUACUCCAUCAAUAAGCAUUAACCCAACUUCAACUAACAUUACCAUGCCUAUUGAGCCAGAACCAAAACCGCAACUGCAACUGCAACUGCAACCAGAUUCACAACCAGAAGCUAAAGCGGAGCCACAAACCAUACGUGCUGCUACUUUUACAACUAGUGGCAAUUCAUCAUCAUCGUCCAUAUCUACGUUAUCAACAGAUAUCAUUCAGCCACUUCAUCAACUACUGUUAAAUAAUAACAAUUCAACUGUAACACAACCAGGAACACAAAGCUCAUCAUUUCAACGCCGAAGCAAUCCUCAACGAUUCAGUCGCAAUCAACUUAAUGUAUACACCGACUUCGGUAGCACUACUUCAUCUGUUUCCAGUAUGAGCAGUUCGCCAAAAGAUUUCUUUACGAGGGAGCCUCCACGGAUUCAUAAUAAAUUGAUAUGUGAAGAAAUUGCCUCUGCCAAUAAUCGAGCUGCUAAAGAAGUUUUAUCUCGUUUAUCUACUGAUGAAUUGCGUUCAGUUAAAUCACAUACUGAAUUAGCAGAAACAGCCAAUGGAGUAAGGAUGCUAGCCAAGAAUUUAUCGCGAGCAACCAUUCAAUUGGAUGUUAGAGCCAUUAUGAUUAUUACUAAAGCAAGAGAUAAUGGACUUAUUUAUUUAACAAAAGAAGUUGUCGAAUGGAUUUUGGGUCAACAUCCUCAAAUAACAAUUUAUGUUGAUGAAAAAUUAGAAAAAUCGAAAAGAUUUAACCCUCAAGAUAUUAUUACAAAUUAUCCCAAUGGUUGUAAAAAAUUGAAAUAUUGGAAUAAAAAAUUAACUACGAAAAACCCAGAAUUUUUCGAUUUAGUGAUUACAUUAGGUGGUGAUGGUACUGUAUUGUUUGCUUCCAAUUUGUUUCAAAAAAUUGUCCCUCCUAUACUUUCAUUUUCAUUGGGUUCAUUAGGGUUUUUAACUAAUUUUGAAUUUAGUGCUUUUAGAACAGUAUUGAACAAAUGUUUUGAUUCUGGAGUUAAAGCAAAUUUACGUAUGCGAUUCACUUGUCGCGUACACACUGAUGAAGGUAAAUUGAUUUGUGAACAACAAGUGUUGAAUGAAUUGGUGGUUGAUAGAGGACCUAGUCCCUAUGUUACUCAUUUGGAACUAUACGGGGAUGGAUCAUUGUUAACGGUUGCACAAGCUGAUGGAUUGAUUAUAGCAACCCCAACUGGUUCUACUGCUUAUUCUUUAUCUGCUGGUGGAUCUUUAGUACACCCCGGUGUGAGUGCCAUCAGCGUCACUCCAAUUUGUCCCCAUACCUUGUCUUUUAGACCAAUACUAUUACCCGAUGGAAUGUUUUUGAAGGUCAAAGUCCCACUGAGCAGUAGAGCCACUGCAUGGUGUUCGUUUGAUGGUAAAGUACGUACUGAAUUGAAGAAAGGCUAUUAUGUCACUAUUCAAGCUUCACCAUUCCCAUUGCCUACAGUGAUGUCUUCCAAAACCGAAUAUAUUGAUUCUGUUAGUAGAAAUUUACAUUGGAACAUCAGAGAACAACAAAAACCGUUUAGUUCAUAUUUGAAACCGGAAACUCAAAAGAGUAUUGCUGAAAGUGAGCGUUUGGAAAAUUUACAUAUAUCAAGCGAACAAGAUGAGGUAAAUCAUGAAGAACAUGAAAUAACUGAAGAUUUUGAUAUUAAUUACACUGACAAUGAACGCGAUUCUUCUAGUUCCACUCCCAGCGAGGAAAGUAAUGAAGAACAUGUUAAUGCGACAACAUAA